GCACCGGGGAACCUCACGAUAGCUGAAGCUGGUGUGGAUGAGAAGCCGAGCUCCACUCAGGGUCCUGCGGCUGAGGAGGAGGACGUUGAGAUCGUGCAUCUCGAUCUCCCUCCAUGGGGACUUCGCGAUGAAAUCUGGGCUGGAAGUGUUCGGCUGAGCUCGGUCCGGCCCACGGAGGAGGACAAGGCUGGCAAGCAGGUUACGCUAUGUCUACCUGCCGUGCCGCUUUACAUCCCGGAGCCACAGGACCCUGGUACGGACCUCGGUGCUGUGAUUCGUGCUGCCGGGGAGGCAGCGGCCUCGAGGGCGUCCUCUCCAGCUCCCGGUGAGUACCCGGGACACGCCUCCGCCAACCUGUGCUGCAGCCUUUCGCGAAGGCGUUUUCCGCCAGACCGCUGCGGUGAUGGCCGCCGACGGAAACUAAACAAUGAAUACAGUACCAGCCCUGGCACAAUCCACUUUGUUGCAAGCUUGCCUUCUCCAGUCCGUGCAGCAGGCUUUUCCGAACCAGCAUUGGAAACAGAAAACCUAUGCAAGAUAUGCAGGCCUCAUGAUCAUCGACGCCGUUUCCGCUUGGUAUCUCAGACCCUGACACAACAGGCAUCUGAUGCCUUCAUGGAUGUGUGUAGCCUGUAG